AUGACAGAUCUGGUUUUUUCACUUUUUAGAGUUUUUACCAGUUCAGAUGAUUGGGGACCUUUUGUAAUUAGAUGGCUAGUUGCUGGAUCAGUUGGACUGUUAGCUAUUAUAUAUGCAUUUCUUAAAUGGCAGAGAAAUACGUCACUGAAUUGGGUUAAAGCAGCUGCUUUGGCGAAGAAAAAUGUAUUGAAUAAAUUAAAACUUCCUUUCUCACAUCAUACAUGGAUAGAGGACUUUGCUUACGGUGGGCAGCCAUCAACAUGUUCCGUCUGUUUGAACGCUCUUGUGUGCCCUCAACAAGUGGGUCCUGUAAAAGCAGCAUCACCUGUUCCACUCCAUCGGUGUGCAGUUUGUAGUGUAGCAGCUCACUCCUGGUGUUCCCCAUAUGCCCCGAAAGAUUGCAAAUGUGUAGCACAGGCUGGUUCAUCGCAUCUUCUACAUCACUGGUCGGAGAGAUGGAUUGUGAUGGACGAGAAUCCUGAGAUGUCUUCUUUCUGUUAUUACUGUGAUGAACCUUGUGGUGUUCCUUUCCUGGAUGCUUCUCCAACAUGGCAUUGCAUGUGGUGUCAACGCCUUAUACAUGUAAAAUGUCACCAUAAGAUAUCCAAAGAUUCUGGUGAUAUUUGUGAUUUGGGUUCUCUUAGAAGACUUAUCCUUUCUCCGCUCUCUGUGAAAGAAGAUGAUAAAGGAACAAUUGCAGGGCGAAUGUUCAGUUCUAUCACGGAAGAAUUUAUAGCUUCAUCAGUCCGUGGGCAGAUCAGAAGAAGGCGUAAUCGUAGCAAAAGUGGCGUUCCUAAUGGUAAAAAUCAGGAUGCUUCUGGUGCAAAUAUCGCGCUUGGAUAUGUGCUUAAUGGCCUUGUUGGCUUGGACAAAUCAGGCAACAAGAAAAAUGGGGACCACUUUACGAAGAAAGAUGGUCGAAUAUCUGGUUUAAGAGGCACACAAAAUGGAGCUAUGCAGAAAGACAGUGAUACAGGCCACGUGAAGAAGUAUACACUGGUUGAUUUGCCACAGGAUGCAAGGCCUCUUUUAGUUUUCAUCAAUGUUAAAAGUGGAGCUCGAUAUGGACCUUCUCUGAGAAGAAGAUUGAACAUGCUCUUAAAUCCAGUACAGGUUUUUGAAUUAAGUUCUGCCCAAGGUCCAGAAGCUGGUCUUAAGUUGUUUAGUUCUGUCCAAUAUUUUAGAGUUUUAGUGUGCGGUGGGGAUGGUACUGUUGCCUGGGUGCUUGAUGCCAUCGAGAAGCACAAUUUUGAAUCACCUCCACCAGUUGCUGUACUUCCUUUGGGAACAGGAAAUGACUUGUCAAGAGUUUUGCAGUGGGGUGGAGGUUUCUCAUCUAAUGAGGGACAAGGCUUAAGAACAAUUAUUACUGACCUCAACAACGCAGCAGUUACAAUGCUAGAUCGCUGGAAAGUUAACAUAAAAGAAAACCCAGAGCAGCAGGGUACCAAUAAAACACAAUCCAAGUUCAUGAUGAACUAUUUAGGUAUUGGAUGUGACGCAAAAGUUGCUUACGAAUUUCACACGACUCGAGAGGAAAGACCUGAAAAGUUCAGUAGUCAGUUUGUGAAUAAACUGCGAUAUGCUAAAGAGGGUGCGAAAGAUAUGAUGGAUAGAACCUGUGCGGAUCUACCAUGGCAGGUUCGCCUUGAAGUUGAUGGGAAGUACAUUGACAUCCCAAAGGAGUCCGAGGGUGUAAUUGUGCUUAACAUCGGGAGUUAUAUGGGAGGAGUAGAUUUAUGGCAAAACGACUACGAACAUGAGGAUGAUUUCAGCCUACAAAGUAUGCAUGAUAAAGUGCUUGAGGUUGUGUCUGUGUGCGGGGCAUGGCACCUUGGCAAACUACAGGUUGGACUUUCACAGGCUCGGAGGCUAGCUCAAGGAAACACGGUCAGGAUACAUCUAUCCACCCCUUUCCCGGUUCAGAUAGAUGGGGAGCCCUUUAUCCAACAACCUGGAUCUAUCGAAAUAACACAUCACGGACAGGUAUUCAUGCUGAGGAAGGCAUCCGAGGAACCAACAGGUCAUGCAGCAGCAAUUAUGACAGAGGUGUUGGUGGAUGCCGAGUGUAAUGGUGUGAUCAAUGCAGCUCAAAAGAAGUUACUUUUACAGCAAAUGGCUCUCCAACUCUCUUGAUUCGAAUUAGAGUCUGAGUCCUUCCAUUGUAGUCAUCCAUUUCCACGAUAGGAUAAAAAUUAAAAGACGAAGAAAAGAAGAGCAAAGAAACAUAGAAAAGAAGAAGGGAAUAUAUAUACUUGUAAACCCAAUAGGAGCUUUAACUUGGGCUCUGCUUAGCUGCCCAAUCACCUUUCAGACUGUUUCCUUUGUAGAAAAGAAGCAGUUCUCUGUGAUUAAAAUCAUACAAAAGGUAAAGAGAUAAUUGGAUGUGUCGAUAUAUGUAGUCGAGAUCCUUUUUGAUGUGUAAAUAAUUAUUAUAAAUACUAUCACCAGUUUUGUUCUACAAGAGCAGAUUUUGCCUAA